AUGGAGAAUAGGACGAAGAGGAGCAGGGGAAAUUUUGUCAGUUCGGAAGUUUUUGUUUGUGAAGAAAGUUAUGCGAAGAAUUUGAAAGAAAUAAAAAUGUUUGAGAAUAUAAAAAGUGAUAUGAGUUUAAUAAUAAGUCAGCAGUUAAAGAAACGAUCAAGAACUACUUUCAAAUUAAAGAAUAUAGAGAAGAAAUAUAUAUAUUUAAAAGAUAUAUGUGAGUUAUUAAAUAAGAGUUUAAUUGAAGGAGAGAAUAUAUUAAGAAAAGAUAAAGAAUUAAUUAGCGAUUAUUUUGAAUAUACUACAAGUAAUUUAUAUUAUAUAUUUAUAAAAUAUGAGAAUAUUAUAAGUGACAUGUCUGAGAUGAAUAAGAAUAUGAAAUUAAAGUUGAAGAAAAUAAAAGAUGAAGAAAUAAUAAAUUUUAAGGUCUGUUAUGAAAAAUUAAAAAAUAGUAUGAAUAUAUUAAAAAAUAAGAAGAGUCAUAUUAUUUUAUUAAAAGAAGAUUUAAAUUUUUUGAAUGAUGAAUAUGAUAAUAUAAAAAAAAUUAUGGAGGAAAAAAAGAGUGAAGAUAUUAAUUUGACAUUAGAAAAGGAAUAUAAUGAGUUGUUGAUAGAAUUUGAAAAAAAUAAAAAGGAACUGGAAGAAAUAAAAGAAAAAUGUAAUUAUCAAGUGAAGGAGAAAAAGAAAACUCGUGUCAAUUUAAAUAUGAUAGAAGAAAGCAUAUUAGAGAUAAAUGAAAUAAUCAAAAAAUUAAAUGAAGAAAAUAAUAUAGUGAAUGAAAAUUUUGAAAUAUUAAACAAUGAAAAUGACGAAAUAAUAAAAAAGAUAAUUGAAGAUAAUAAUAAAAUAAAAGAAAAUUGUCAUGUAUUAAACAAAGAAUUAGAAAGUCUAGAAAAUGAUAUAAAUGAUUAUAAUAUUAAAAAAAAGGACCUAUUAAAUGAAUAUGAGAACUUGGAGAAUAGAUUAAAGAAUAUUAGUCUUGUAUGUAAUGAGAAAAAACGAGAAGAAGAAAAUUAUUCAAAUAUUAUAAAAAAUAAAAGUGAAAUUUUGAUUAAUAAUAAAAAGAUAUUAAAAGAAAAGGAGAAGGAAUAUGAAUUAUUGAAUGAUGAUUUUUUAAGAUGUAAGGAAGAAUAUAUAAAGCUAGAAAAAUUAUAUGAAAAUAAUGAGAAUAAAUUGGAAGAUACUAAAAAGCUCAUAAAUGAUUAUACAUGCAUGUGUGAAGAAAAAAAAUUAUGUUUAUUAAAUAUUGAAAAAAGAAAAGAAAAUAAUGAAAUAGAAAAAAUACAAAUUUUGGAUCUUAUACAAAAUGAUGAAAAAGAAUUGAAUGAUCAAAAGAAUAUAUUUUUUAAACUUUCAAAGAUAUUGAAUUUAAUACAUUUAAUAUAUGAACAAUAUGAUGAGAUCCAGAAUGAAAAGUGUAACAUGAAAAAAAAUGAACAUGUUUAUAUAAAGAAAUAUGAGCAAUUAUUAAUAAAUUAUGAACAUGUUAAGACACAAGUGCAGAAUAAAAAAGAAAUGCUUGAUAAUAAAAAAGAAGAAAUAAAAAAGGUAGAAGAUAUAUUAAAUAUAUAUCAUAUAGAAAUUAUUUCAUAUAAUGAUAAAAAAGAAGUGAUGAAUAAAAAUGAAAAGGAAUUAAAUGAGAAAAAAACCAAGUGUAUAAAAAAAUUAAAAGAUGAAGAAACUAAUAACAAUGAAGAUAUUAUUAUAAAAAAAACAAAGAAUGAAUUAGAAUUAAAAUAUGAAGAAUUAAAAAAUAAUUUGGAAACACAAAAAAUGGAAAAACAGCAACAACAUAAUAAUUUUUUAAAACAAGGAGAAAAGGAAAAGUUAGAAUGUGACUUGCAAUUAUUUAUAUCUGAAAUAAAAAAUCAGAUUGAAAAGGAUAAAGAAGAAAAGAAAAAAAA